CGGAUGUAGUGUUGCACAGCCUUUCUAACUUGACAGUGGUGGUGUUUCUGCGGGUGCUGGUGUGGUGGAUAGCAGACGGAUAGAAAUCUAUAAAGAUGGCCUCAGCAACAGCGACGUACGGUCAGAAGGAGUCUUCGGACCAAAACUUUGACUAUAUGUUCAAGAUCCUCAUCAUUGGCAACAGCAGUGUGGGCAAAACCUCCUUCUUGUUUCGCUACGCCGACGACUCCUUCACACCGGCCUUUGUCAGCACGGUGGGCAUUGACUUCAAGGUGAAAACCAUCUACAGGAAUGACAAGAGGAUCAAAUUACAGAUCUGGGACACGGCGGGUCAGGAGCGUUACCGCACCAUCACCACUGCCUACUACCGAGGAGCCAUGGGCUUCAUCCUCAUGUAUGACAUCACUAACGAGGAGUCCUUUAACGCCGUCCAGGACUGGUCGACUCAGAUAAAGACGUACUCGUGGGACAAUGCCCAGGUGCUGCUGGUAGGGAACAAGUGCGACAUGGAGGACGAGCGAGUGGUAGGCGGAGAUAGAGGUCGACAGCUGUCUGAUCACCUCGGUUUUGAGUUCUUCGAGGCCAGUGCCAAGGACAACAUCAAUGUGAAGCAGACCUUUGAGCGCCUGGUCGACAUCAUCUGUGAAAAGAUGUCCGAGAGCCUGGAUGCCGGAGAUCCCGCCGUCACAGGGGCCAAACAGGGACCCCAGCUGACAGAGCAGCCUGCUCCUCCUCACCAGGACUGUGCAUGUUAAAGUUGACUACUUCCCCUAAACCCUUUUCCUCCCACUUUCCUCCUUGUCCUCCUUCAGCUGGACCCUGUGACCUCGGGUUAAAUACUCCCAACACCCUUUUCACUCACUUUCCUGCUUCUUUCUGUAACCUAGUAAGGAUCAUUGGCUAAGGGGCACAAGAACCUGGUUAAAAAGUGUCUGAAAUGCUCUGAGAUGCUAGCGGACCAGUGCUAGAGGCAUGGUUUCUCCUCAUAAAAGA